AUGUUGGAGAGUAGACCAAACGCAGUAUCUCUAACCACAAAUAUUCCUACAACUACAACUACCACUACAACUACCACUUACGAUCGGAGUGCUAGCAACGGUGGUUUCAACAACAACAAAAGUCCCCGGCGUUCCACCCCACGGAGACCAAAGUUGAAUUCCAAGACUUCUCCUGGCGACAACAAUAACUUUUUCGAGUGCAAGAUGAAAAAAUGCAAUCGUCGCAAAUUCGAAACUUGCAUUUUUGGAGCUCUGGCGUUGCUAUUGUUGUGGUUGAAUUUGAUUUUCCUUCGGCAAUAUCCAGGAUAUCAUCAACAACAACAACAACAACAUAAUUAUAAUCAACAUCAUCAUCAUCAUGAUCGCGACUCGCAACAACCACAAACAAAGGGAAAGGAACGAAGAAUAGAAGAUCUUCGAAAGCAGCAACAACGGCAAACGAACAAUGUCCAAAUCCCACCCGCUCCCAUUUCUGCUACUGCGAACGCUGGUGAUGCUGAUGCUGAUGCCGCUUCCGGAAAUAACAAACAACGACCAGGCGCAGCUCUCCGCAAUCCCACCAGGGCUCGUAUAGACAACACGUUGCAUCGGAGGCCGAGGGGUCAUAGUGCGCCAAGAGCACAAAGCCACAUGGAAUUCAACUGGCGCCGCAGCAAGUAUGCGCCUCCUGAAAAUUUCAUGCAACAAAGCUUGCGAGAAGAACCAAAUGACUAUUGGACGGGACUACUAGCAUUGGAUGGCAACAACAGCUACAGCAACAACGACAACAAUUCUACGUUUAAAACCAGCAUCCAACGGUCUUUGAAUUUUACGCGAUCCACGCCGUACUUGGGAGUCCUCAUCGACGCGGGUCGUCAUUAUUUUGAGCUGGAUUGGUUGUAUCAUCUCAUGGACUUGCUGCAUCUACUCCAGUACAACUGGGUCCAUUUUCGACUGACUGAUGAUCAGACUUUUAAUCUACAGCUCAAGAGUUGGCCACAGCUCGCAAUUCCUACCCCGUAUCACAACCAAACAAAAGUGUAUCAACCAGACGAUUUGCGAAAUCUCGUCAAAUACGCCAGGGAACGCAACAUUGCCAUGAUUCCUGAAAUCAAUAUUCCUGGACAUGCGGGGGCUUGGGCAGGAAUUCCUGGUUUGGUAGUUCCUUGUCCGAACUUUAUUUGCCAAAAAGGAUAUGGCCUCCCGCUCAAUGUGAAUCAUCCACAACUGCCGCAAAUCUUGAAGGAUGUUCUUUCCGAAGUCCUAGACAUCUUUGAUCAACCACCGUAUCUGCAUUUGGGAGGCGAUGAAAUUGAGAUGAGCAAACCUUGCUUUCAAGAAGUAAAUCAACCAAUUCCGAAUUAUAUUGCCUUUGAAGAAAUGUUGAAGCGUACCUUGCAAGAGUUAGUUUACGAUGAAUCCAAAGUAAUUCGAUGGGAAAUGACAUUGGGUGGGGCCGAUCCCAAAGGCCAUUUGCGGGCGGGCCGCAUCCUACAAUGGUGGUUCCAAAUACCGGGAGAAAAGCAUCCGGUCCGAACCCGUCCGGAUGACCCCUUUGUGGCGAGUUCGGGGCUCUACAUGGAUGCUAACGAAGAUGAUGGCGCUUGGGAAGUAUUUUUGCAUGCACGCAAAUGGAUGCACUUGAAUUAUGAUUACAAACCACAGGCAAUUGUUGUUGGGACCUUUGAGUUGGACCAAGAAUUUUGGUUCGAUCGCAAUGUUGUGGGGAAAUUGCUGGCAACGGCGAUGGGUGCAUCCAACGAAGUACAGGUUGACAACGGCUCAGAACUUUAUGAGAUGUACAAACAAUACUGCACGAAUCAUUUGCACUUUCCGGAUUCCGUGUGCAACAAGUAUGCCAAACCAAACUUGCCAUCGAUGCUAUGGAAGGAACCCAAGUGGAGAAACAUCAUGUGGAAAGAAUUGCGCGAGGGGCUUUGCGAUCGCUUAACGACAACAUCAGCGGAUAAUAAAAGUAGUCCGGCAGGAAUGCAAAUGAAACGUCAGUUUCGUCCCGAAUUCAUGUUCCCGAGCUAA